CAAGAAAAGUCGACCCUCGUGCGGUACAGAGCUAGGCUUUGCACACAUCGAAGUAGCCAAGCUUUUCGAGUCCAAGAGGAGAGGCGGGCAGGUCAAGCUAGCGAGAAGCUUUGGAGGUCAGCAGCGGGGCGCAUGGCCAUGGAUGUCCAGGGCUCCAGGCGGCACCAGGACGCCGGCGUGAAGGUCAAGUUCAUCGAGACGCAGUUCAUCAGCUCCGACGCCGCCAGCUUCAAGGCCGUCGUGCAGCGCCUCACCGGCAAGUCCCCCGCCGCCUUGUCGAGGCCGGCCCAGGCGGCACUGGCGCCGCAGCCGCAGAGGCCGCGUCCGUGCCGGCCGAACUUCGCUGGCGCGGGGCAGCAGCAGCAUCAGGCCGCCGGGUGGCCGGAGCAGCACCAAGCUGGCGCCUACCUGGUCGCGCCGGCGCCGAAGCAGGAGCCACUCGCGGCGGUGGCGCCGAGCCUGGAAGAGAUGCACGAGCUCUGCGACUUCGCCGACCUGUUCUACACUACAACCACCGCCGCGGCGGGCGCGCGGCGCGACAUCGCCGGCAGCGCCUUCCCUUACUGAAUUUGUUUUGCCGAGCACCAAUGCUUGUAGUUUGCCUUUGCAAAUUCGCAGUGUGUUGAAGCACAUGAAUGGUCGAGGAACUAGGUAUGCGACGACAGAUGGUCAUGGACUCAUGGUCUGCCACCCGCAAUACUGUCGAACUUUUUUUUUU